GCCAUCGAGAGCUCAAGCAAAGAGGACGACACUGUCUGGCUCACCUACUGGGUGGUGUACGGGCUCUUGGGCCUUGUCGAGUUCUUCAGCGACCUACUCCUGUUCUGGUUCCCUUUCUACUACGCGGGCAAGUGCGCCUUCCUGUUGUACUGCAUGAUUCCCGGGCCAUGGAACGGUGCCCAUCUACUGUACCACCGCGUCAUCCUGCCUCUAUUUCUAAAGCAUCACGCAGCAGUGGACAGCGUAGUCGGCGAGUUCAGCCACAGAGCGCUGGACGUGGCAACAGGAAUAGCUCGGGACGCUCUACAGACUCUGGCCCGCAGUCGGGCUCUCAUCACCCCAGCGGGGCCCCCGCUGCCCAGACAACCAACCGAAACCGAGGCAAGCCUGACCCAGCACCAGAAAGACAAGUGAAGGCUCCAUCUGCCCCAGGCCCAGACAUGCCGGCAAAGACCGUGAUAGAGCCCAAGAACCCAGCGCACCCCAAGAGGGACCCCAAGACCCCCCUGAAGUCCUUCAUUGAGCCCCCCAAAGAAUCCAGCAACCCCACAACCACCAGCAAGCUUCUGCCUGACACCUCCUCCCCAGUCACAUCUUUGGUCCACUCCCAAACUGGCUCCCCUCGCAUCCGGGAUCCAUCUCCGUCCCGAAGCAUGUUCACCCAGCCCCUGUUGUCUAGCCAAGUGAACAGCCCAACCCAAGGGAACAGCUCGUCCCAGGUGAACAGCCCACAGCGGGUGAACAGUCCAUCCCAAGAGAACAGCUCGUCCCAGGUGCACAGCCCAGAGCGGGUGAACAGCCCAUCCCAAGGGAACAGCUCGUCCCAGGUGAACAGCCCAGAGCGGGUGAACAGCCAGUCCCAAGUGAACAGCCCGCAACGGGUGAACAGCCAGUCCCAAGAGAACAGCUCCUCCCAGGUGAACAGCCCACACCAGGUGAACAGCCAAUCCCAAAAGAACAGCCCGAACCCAUCCCAGAGCCCAUCCCUAAUGAACAGCCAAUCCCAAGUGGACUGCCAGAGCCCAUCCCAGGGCAACAGCCAAUCCCAGGGCAACAGCCAGAACCCAUCCCAGGGCAACAUCCAAUCCCAGGGCAACAGCCAAUCCCAAGUGAAUAGCCAGAGUCCAUCCCAGGGCAACAGCCAAUCCCGAGUGAACAGCCAGAGCGCCUCCCAGGGCAACAGCCAAUCCCGAGUGAACAGCCAGAGCUCCUCCCAGGGCAACAGCCAAUCCCGAGUGAACAGCCAGAGCUCCUCCCAGGGCAAUAGCCAAUCCCGGGUGAACAGCCAGAGCUCCUCCCAGGCCAAUAGCCAAUCCCGAGCGAACAGCCAGAGCUCCUCCCAGGGCAACAGCCAAUCCCGAGUGAACAGCCAGAGCUCAUCCCAGGGCAACGGCCAAUCCCGAGUGAACAGCCAGAGCUCAUCCCAGGGCAACGGCCAAUCCAAAAUGAACAGCUCAAGGCCAUCCCAAGUGAACAGCCCGAGCCCCUCCCAAGUGAACAGCCCGAGGCCCUCCCAAGUGAACAGCCCGAGGCCCUCCCAAGUGAACAGCCCGAGCCGGUCCCAAGUGAACAGUCCAAACCCGUCCCAAAUGAACAGUCUGAGCCCAUCCCAAGGGAACAGCCUGAGUCCGCUGAGCCCAUCCCAAAUGAGCAGCCGAAGCCUGUCCCAAGUGAGCAGCUCAAGUUUAUCCCUAACGAACAGCCCGAGCCCAUCCCCAAUGAACAGCCCGAGCUCAUCCCCAGUGAACAGCCCAAGCCCAUCCCAAGGGAACGGCCGGUCAGUGGUGAACAGACAGAGCCCUCCCCAGGUGAACAGCCCGAGCCCAUCCCUGGUGAGUGGCCGAUCCCAGGUGAACGGCCGUGCCCAGAGGGCUAGCCAGCUCCAGGAGCCCCAUGCCAGUGACCCAAGGCAGGCGAAUGGCCAGUUCCAGGCGAGUGGCCAGUAUCGAGCGAGUGGCCAGUACCGAGAAGGCAGCCAGUCCCUGAAAAGUGGCCAUUUUCAGACAAACGGCCAUUCCCAGGGGUCCGUCCAGUCCCACAGGAGCAAACCUCCCACCAACUCUUUGGGCUUCUCCCAGCAGAGCCAACGGGCCACCGGCUUCACCGACCGGGAGGCAACCCCUGGCCAGUUUCCCCGAGGCACUCUCAAUCACGACACCACCAGUACUACCCUCCCACAGUACUCCUCCAAGACCUCUGACAGGCCAGGGGCCAAAAGCCCCAAAGACCCCAAGACCCCCAAAGCAAAGUCCCACGGACAGUCUGGGAAGGGUGUCACCGCCCAGGCCACCAGCAGCUCCUCAGUCCCCGAGCUGCCCUCGGCCUGCUCAUCUGAGUCUUCUGAGGAUUAUACUUCUGAGUCGACUACCGAGUUCACCUACACCUGGCCCCAUCACAGAUACGGAAUCCACUACCUGCAGCACUGCUGGAAGCGCAAACAUCUAGCCUGUUAGGGGGUUAAUAAAGAUCAUGGACCAA